AUGUCGAUAUCCAUUGCCUCCAAUGCUUUCACAACUGAAGAAAAAAUGUCUUCAGCUGUUGCACCUUGCAUUUCAACUAAACAUAAAUAUGAUUCAUCAAAAGUUUUAGGUCAAACCUUUGAUGUUCUCAUAGUAGAAGAUUUUAAUGGUGUGACUCCAAAUAUUCUAGCAAGGAUAAUAGAAUGCGUUCGAGGAGGGGGCAUGGUAAUUAUGUUGUUCCCUACCAUCCAAAGACUUCAAGAUCUUGCUGAUUUAGAAAUGGAUGUUCAUUCCCAUUAUUGUACAUACUCACAUUCAGAAGUCAUACCACGUUUUAAUAAGCGUCUUGUCUUGUCUUUAAUGUCAUGUGGAAAUUGUUUGGUUUUGAAUGAUGAUUUGAAAGUUCUGCUUUUACCUUCAAAUAGUUCUAAAAGCUGCUCCAGUUCCAUUGUUGAGAUGAAAUCUGAUCUGAAAAAAACCUUGGAGACAAACGGGGACAAGAUAGCGGAUGAUGUAAAAGCUGUUUUCCAUUUAUGCUGCACUUCUGAACAAGUCACUGCAUUGGUGAAGUUCAAUGAAGCACUCAACGAGAAGCUCAAAAAUGUGCUAGUUUCACUGACUUCGGCCCGAGGUCGAGGUAAAUCUGCAACAUUAGGACUUUCAGUUUCUAUAGCAUUGUUUUCAAAAGUUUCUAAUGUGUGUGUGAUAGCACCUCAUCUAGAAAAUGUUCAGACCUUAUUUACCUUCCUUGUAAAAGGAUUAAAAGCCUUAUCAUAUGAUGAAGAUUGUGAAUAUGUUUACCAAUACAAUGAAACAAGCAGUUGGAAACUCAUGUCUGGUGUAAAAUUACUUAAACGUAAGCAAAAAGUCUUUUUUGCUGAACCCACAAGUAAUUUGGAUUCCAGAAACAUAGAUUUAAUAGUGAUUGAUGAAGCUGCAGCAAUUCCUCUACCCCUUGUGAAAAAAUUGAUUAUUUCUGAAAUUGUUUUUUUAGCAUCAACCAUUAAUGGGUAUGAAGGUACUGGAAGGUCUCUGUCUCUCAAACUAAUUUAUCAAUUAAGAAAUCAGUGCCAAUCCAAAGUCGCUCAGUUACAAACUCUUGACGGGCGUGAAAGAGCAGUUGAGCUGCAUGAAAUUACACUCAAUGAAGCAGUCCGAUAUUCAACUGAAGAUAAGAUUGAAUUGUGGCUAAACAAUUUAUUCUGUUUGGAUGUAUCUACAAAUUAUAUGACUGGAAAGCUCCCAGAACCAGAAGAGUGUGAACUAUAUUAUGUCAACAGAGAUACUUUAUUUAGCUAUCAUAAAACUGCUGAAAAGUUCCUUAAAAAUUUAGUUGCAUUGUUUGUGUCGUCCCAUUACAAAAACUCUCCUAAUGAUCUUCUUAUGAUGGCUGACGCUCCAGCACACCAUAUCUUUUGUUUAACUCCACCUGUCAAUAGGAGCUCUUCAGUUGUACCUGAAAUCUUGUGUGCAAUUCAGAUAUGUUUUGAAGGGAAACUUCCUGUACAAAGUCUAAAAAGUGAGAAUUCUUGCCGGAAAAGGGCUUCAGGAGAUCUUAUUCCUUGGAUUAUUUUUCAGCAGUUUCAAGAUGAGUCUUUUCCUAUUCGAUAUAGUGCACGAAUUGUUAGAAUCGCUACUCAUCCUGAUUGUAAUAGGAUGGGAUAUGGCAGAAAAGCUCUUCAGUUGCUUUGCAAAUUUUAUGAAGAAAAGGCCAAUGCCGUUGACGAAAGCAAGAAUUGUAAAUCAGAUCCGAAAAAGAAAAUGAAUCCAGAGUCGAACAAUAGUAUAAAUGCAACUAAUGGAAUGAAAAAUCUUCCUCCUUUGUUGUCAAGCUUAAAUGAAAUUGAAGCGGAUUUACUGGAUUAUAUUGGAGUUUCAUAUGGUCUAACCGAGGAACUUUUUAGGUUCUGGAAAAAGUGUGACUUCCUCCCUUUGUAUCUGAGACAAACAAAAAGUGAAGUAACAGGUGAGCAUUCAUGCAUAAUGAUUAAAAAUCUGCAGAAAGCUUCGUUGCCUAAAAAUGAUUGGCUGUCAACGUUUUACACUGAUUUUAUUCAGAGAUUUUUAGCUCUCCUACCUUCAGCAUUCAGAAAUCUUCCAGCAACACUGGUUUUAGAUGUACUACACUACAGUAAUGUCAAGAUUAAAAAUCUUGUUACAUGUGAAUUACAACACUUGAUGACACACUGCAGUAUACAAAGACUUGAAGCUUAUGCCAGCAACCUUGUGGAUUAUCACCUCAUUAUGGAUCUUUUACCAGCAAUUUGUAGAUUUUAUUUCUCAUUCCAAUUCAAAGAAUACUUUCUGUCAUCCAUACAAGAAGCUGUUCUUAUAUCUUUAGGGCUUCAAAACAAAACAAUAGAAGGAAUUUCAAUGGAACUUAACAUAGAAACGAACAAAGUCAUGGGGGUUUUCCUUAAGACUAUGAAAAAAAUUCUGUUUGCAAUAAAAGAGAUUCAAAACUGUGGAGUGAAAAGAACGUAUGAAGAAAAUGGACACAAUGAUGCAGAGCGGAAAAAGAAGAAAAUACCCAAGCCUACGAAUGAGAAAAGGUACAUACAUUCCAUUGCUUUUUUUUCUUCUAUUUCUUGCUUAACUAUAACUGUAGCUGUGUAAGAUAUUAAAAUAGUUAUGUAAUUUAAAACUAUUAGGUAUCACAAGAAUAUUUCAACACAAAAUCAUUUUUACUAAUUGAGCAGAAAACCAAAACAAAUUUUAAAUGAAUUAACAGGGGAUGCUUCACAUUAAAUGAGAUAGGAAAGCAUUCCUGUGUAAAUGUUGUAAUUACUUUAUUUUAAUAAAUCACAUUUAUAUAUAGUAGGUGCCGCUUAAUGUGAUCACGGUUAAUGUUAUCAUUUACUUAAUGUUAUCAUAAUCACGAAGUCCCGGAACACUUGUAUGUUAACACACGUAUUGUAAUCAGCCUCUUCGUUUAUUGUUAUCACUUCUUCAUAAACUUUCAAUUUUUCCCCCGUUAUUGUUUCUCAAUUAACAGAAAUACAUAGGCAAACCCUGACCA